CGGGGCUGGUCUCUUAUUGAAGCUAUAGAAUCGGAGCGUGAUUUGAGAAAGGAGGAAGAAGGAUGGGGUACGUGUUGAGGGUAAGAAUGGCGUCUUUCUUCGCCGGAGCUGCGACCGCGUCUUUGAUCGGCCUAUCUGUUCUCUACAAGGAUUACAAACUCGCUCACGAAUCCAUUUCUCACCAGGCAAAGGCUUUUCAUGACUCUCUGGAUACAAGGAUCUCUACUCUUGAGAGUUUGAGACAGAGUGAAGUUCCUCAGGCAACAACUGAUUAGUAUAUGUUUCAUACAUUCUGUUCUGUCUUGCUGCUGAUGUUGUUUAUUUGAGGUGUUCUUUUUUUUGUUUUGCGGUUUUGGAUAAACUUGAAAGUUCUUGUAUGACUACUGUUAUCAAACGAUUAAGUUAAUGUAGUCUACAAUGGAUUGAAACUUGCUGUAACACUCUGCCAAUUAUAAAAAUUUAUGUUUCAGUUUA